GAGGAGAUGGGGACAGGGAUAGAUGGAUGGUGGAGGGAGAAAGAGGAGAAGAUGGAGAGGAGACAAAUGGAAGGAAGUUCCUGACAGGAAGAAGGAAGGGGUGAGGCUUUCUCCAAAGCAGCUCUUUGUUUCUUGAAUCCUUUUGCUAAAGUAGUUGGCGCAGAUUUUCUUCCUCCAGGCUUUGAAAUCUUAGGUGUUAUUUCCAUGGUGGGAAUAAUUGAUGAUAAUGAUGUUGCACACCAAUCCUGAAAAAUCAGUGAAGGGGGAUGGAAAUGCUUCCCAUAAUUAUUUAUAAUUAAUACUCCCAAACAGGUGAGGAAGAUGAAGGUCAGAAUUCUGUGGAGCCACAUGUGAAUUUAAGGGGGAAAACAAAGAAAUUGAGGAUACAACAAAAAACUCACAAAGGAGAAAAACUGUUUGAAUGUAUGGAAUGUGGAAAGAGCUUCAAUGAAAGUGGAAAACUUAGAAUACAUCAAGGAACUCAUACGGGAGAGAAACGAUUUGAAUGUAUAGAAUGUGGAAAGAGCUUCAGUACAAGUGGGAAACUUAGAAGACACCAACGAACUCACACAGGGGAGAAACCAUUUAGAUGUAUUGAAUGUGGAAAGAGCUUCAGUCGAAGUGAUAGACUUAGAAUACAUCAACGAAUUCACAUGGAGAAACCAUUUAAAUGUAUUGAAUGUAGAAAGAGCUUCAGUAAAGAUGAAGCACUUAGAAUACACCAACGAAGACACAUGGGGGAGAAACCAUUUGAAUGUAGGGAGUGUGAUAAGAGCUUCAGUCGAAGUAGGGCACUUAGAUUACAUCAACAAACUCACACCGGGGAGAAACCAUUUGAAUGUGUGAAUUGUGGAAAGAGCUUCAGUCAAAGCGGAUAUCUUAGAAUACAUCAACAAACUCAUACAGGGGAGAAACCAUUUGAAUGUAUUGAAUGUGGAAAAAGCUUCAGUGGAAGUCGAUAUCUUAGAAUACAUCAACGAACUCACACGGGGGAGAAACAAUUUAAAUGUAUUGAGUGCAGUAAGAGCUUCAGUCAAAGUGGAUAUCUUAGAAUACAUCAACGAACUCAUACAGGGGAGAAACCAUUUGAAUGUACUGAAUGUGGAAAGAGCUUCAGUGAAAGUGGACGUCUUAGAAGACACCAACGAACUCACACGGGGGAGAAACCAUUUAAAUGCAUUGAAUGUGGAAAGAGCUUCAGUCGUAGUGGAAACCUUAAAAUACAUCAACGAAUACACACGGAUAAACCAUUUAAAUGUAUUGAAUGUGGAAAGAGCUUCAGUCAACAUGGACUCCUUAGAAUACAUCAGCGAACUCAUACAGAGGAAAAACCAUUUGAAUGUAUUGAAUGUGGAAAAAGCUUCAGUAGGAAUGGAACACUUAGAAUACAUCAACGAACUCACACGGGGGAGAAACCCUUUAAAUGUAUUGAGUGUGGAAAGAGCUUCAGUGAAAGUGGAUAUCUUAGAAUACAUCAACGAACUCACACGGGGGAGAAACCAUUUGAAUGUGUGGAUUGUGGAAAGAGCUUCAGUCGAAGUGGAUAUCUUAGAAUACAUCAACGAACUCACACAGGGGAGAAACCAUUUAAAUGUAUUGAAUGUGGAAAAAGCUUCAGUGAAGGUGGGAAACUUAGAAAACAUCAACGAACUCACACAGAGGAGAAGCCAUUCAAAUGUAUGGAGUGUGGAAUGAUCUUCAGUAAAAAUGGACGCCUUAGAAGACAUAAGCUAACCCAUACACAAUGAAAAUUACAGGUGUAUUGACUGUGGGAAGGGUUUCAGAGGGAGUGGAGACCUUAAUAUUCAUUAGUAAAUUCACAUGGGGGAAAUGAUAUAAAUGUAUAGAGUUUUCCACUCAGGGUUCACUACUUACAUCAAGAAACUCAUAAAGGGGGAAAUCAGUUGUAAAUGCAUGGAAUGAUGUUUUAGUGUUUGUACUUAAAUUUGUAUACACAUAUAUAUGUAUUAAAGUAAUGAAGGUCACAUACACUAAAUGUACAAAGUAAGUGGCAACUUUUUGCUAGAUAAACAGGGAGAGAGUGUGAAUCUGCAAUGCUCAAGGUGUGUGUUGAAUCUGUUGAGUUUUCAGGUCCGCCUUUCACUGCCAAAAUGAUGGGCUGCCCUUGUCUUGUAGAUCAGCAUUCCAGGCACUCAUUACUUGAACUUUGCAUAAUCUAUUGAAGAGCUUUUUACUGAUAGCAUUUUCCAGCUGAAUGAAAAGGUCUCUGUGUUAAAUGUUCAUUUGGGAUUGCUUUUAAAACUCAUCUCCUUUUUUCUGUGCUCUUGUGUACCUGCUUGGAGCUGUUUUUAUUAAAUAUUUUGUGCAUUGGCUAUUGACCUGUGGAA